AUGGUUCUGAUUUCACCCCACGCAAUGCAAGCCACCCGGGCGUCCACCACCGUCAGUGUGGUUUCAGACUGUGGAAUUCCAGCCGGGCUCCGGAUAGGUCCGGUACCUGGCGUCUUGAAAUUGGGGAAGUACCUGUCAGACCGCAAAGAAGUUGGACCCAAGAAAAAGAUUCGCUUGGUGCGAGAAGAGUUCGUGGAUGAAUCUGGCUGUCCCGUGUCAGAUUGGAUCGGAUUCAUCCGGGCCGCCAGAAACAGUCAUGAACAAAAUCUAGAGGCCGUGUCUGACCUACCAGGCGGGCAGAUAUUCUACCGUGUGAUGAGAGAAAUUCCUGCAGGUGAAGAACUCAAUGUUUGGUACUCUAAUGCUUUAGCGCAAUGGUACGACAUGCCCACGACGGCCACCCCCACGCACGAUGAGAAAGGCGAGGAGCGUUACAUAUGUUGGUACUGCUGGAGAAUCUUCAAAUACCCCAACACACUCAAAGCCCACGUCCACUUCCACUGCGCCCUGAGCAACGGGCGCGGGUUUGUGAGCAACGAGCAAGCCAGAGGUACGGAGACCUUCAGCAGGUCUCCAAAAUCUGGAGACAUCCCCAACACGUCUUCUUCGCCCAGGAGCUCUCAGAACAUCUCUAUCUCUGACUCCAGCAGGAGGUCAUUGGCCUCCCCCUUCUUAGGGAAAGCCGGACUGAUGAAGAAAAACAGCUCCGAGGAACAGGACAGAGCCCUGGACAUGAGCGUUACUUCGUCCCGGAACCAAGGACACGUUCUCGGCCUCGGCACGGCGUCCUCGAUGCUGACUUCCAUGGGCUUCCAUCCGGGUGUGCGCUCCGCAUUCAAGCCCACCGGCGUCGCGAAGAUCCCGAUCGGCGACGCGCAUCGAGAGGAUGCCGGCUCCAAAAUAGGCUCUUUGGGGUUCGGCAAACUCAUGGGAAACAUGAAGCCGACGAUAAACGGAGGUCCUGCGGCCAAGUGCGCGCCUGCAGGGAUAGUCGACUCUAACAUGGUGCCGUGUAGCAACGCCAUCCGAGGCUUCCCUUUACUCCCGCACAUGGAGGAAACGUCGGCUUUCAAACACGUCGAAAGUCGAGUUCACGCUGGGCUGUCCCCAUCCCGGUACCCUCACAUGCACCCGGGACUCCACUUUGAAAGGUUCUCCCUGCCCAACUUUGACGGUGUUAAGACUUACGGUGCGGACUGUAACAUCCCACUGAUGCCUUUCACAGUUUACAACGGAGAACUUCUCUACAGUUCUCCCUAUUACCCCCUAAAAUUCCACUUCAGCAAUCUUCUCAAGUACCCGGAGUCCAUGCCCUACUUUGGCGCGCCCUCCCUAAGCCAAGAUAUAGGCACGAUCACCAACAUUGACCGGGAGAUAGCCAUGCACACGCAACAGCUGUCCGAAAUCGCAACGGAGAAGAACCGAACCAGACUGGACCCCUUGCCCGCGGGCAGCACCAGCAACGCAAGCACUGGCAAACCAAAAAAGGGACACUUAUGUCUGUACUGCGGUAAACUAUACUCCAGGAAAUACGGUUUGAAAAUCCACAUGAGGACUCACACUGGGUACAAGCCGCUCAAGUGCAAAGUGUGCUUCAGGCCCUUCGGGGACCCCAGCAACUUGAACAAGCACAUUCGACUCCACGCGGAGGGCAACACCCCUUACAGGUGCGACUUCUGUGGAAAGGUUCUCGUCCGGAGAAGGGAUCUGGAGCGGCACGUCAAGUCCAGACACCCAGGCCAGAGCGUCAAGAAGCUGGAUGACAAAGCGGGCCUGUUCGAGGACGCCGAGCUCAAAAGCGACAAUGACAGCGACGUUGACGUCUGCUUCACCGACGACCAAAGUGAACCCGAAUCCAGCAAGAAUAACGACUGA